AUGUCGACACGACCGUCCAUUUUGGACUUGCGAUCCGACUCGCAGCAUUCGAAUAUUUCCACCGUCUCCAAACCUCUCCGUUCACCUCGCCUUCAUGUCGCCGGCGAAAUCCCCCCCGAGUUGUCCCCAUUGGACGCCUUUGCCAUGCAGAGCCGGUUGCUCGCAAGGCAAUUACAAGAGAGCGCCAAAGAGGGCAAUAGGAUGAGCCGACUCCCUCCCCUCACUGUUGAGAGCCCUUUGAUUGUUCAGGGGCGGUCUGAAUACUUUCGGUCCAUGUCCCAAGAUUCGGGGUCUGAGGCUGGUGAUCGCCCUGGUUCUAGUUUUGGCCCGAGGACGGACGUAGAGCUGGAGGACGCGUUUAGCGAUGAUGCCGACCGACCAGUCUCGAUGCAUCCACGAAUGAGCCGCAUACCCCCUACUCCAGAUGAGGAUAUACCAGCAGUGCCUGCUCGUGAUCCAGCUCGGUCUCGUCCUCUGCUAAACCAGAUUGACGAGACAGACCCCUUUUUUGGUGCUAGGAGGGAACGCUCACCUUCACCGUUGCGCAGUGAAACUCAAUCGCAGUCUGAUAAGCGAACCGAAUCAUCUCCUUCUCGAAAGGAAGACGCUGCCUCACUAUCUUCUCACCGACGACCUAGCGGGUCAAUCAGUGGUUCUAUCCAUGGAUCUGUCAGUGGCUCUCCUCACAAGCCGAAGCAGCCUUCGUUCGAUGAGCUUGGACUCGCGCCCCCUCAAACCAUGUUCACGAGGAGAUCAUCCAGCACCGUUUCCACCCCCCUACUACCUACUGAUGAAGAGUCAACCGGUAAUAUGGCUAGCUCAUUCCAUUCGUUACCUCCACGAAAGCUCUCUUCUGGGAGCGCCGCCUUUAACGGCGCAGUGACGUCCCCGGGCAUUGGCUCUUUUCAAAGAUCGCCUUCAGUGAGCUCGGAAACGUCUGCUCUCCCCCGACCGUCCUUCAACUUCUCAAGACCUCUCAGCAGGUCUGGCACGCCUGGUAUGGAGUCACCUCUGAGACAAGCCUCUUCCGAUAGCCAACCCUCAUUCAUCUUGGCUGAUGACACGGCCCAUACACCAGUGAGCAUGCAUAGCGAAGCCUUUCUAGAGCAACAGACCGACGACAAAGGCGCACCGUCGUACAUUUACUCCAAGUUUUCACUACCCAGAGGCAAGACUAUUCAGCGAGCCGAGCCCGCUGAACAUCCAACACAAGCCUCUUACCGAUGGGAGCAACCCAUGCUUCCUCCUAGCAAUGUGCAGCGAAUCCAUGCUGACGCUCCUCCUUCGCCUCCCACCCGCCCAUCUAGCUCUUCAGCCAAGAUUGUCCCAGAGGAUUCCUUGACACCUAGCAGCCCGAUGCCGAGACCAUCGACAGAUCUGAGAAAGGUCUACUCAGAAACAGCGGUGCCCCCAAUGCCGCAGGCACCUUCUAGUCCCGAGAGACCUUCAAUCGACGACCCACGAUCUUCAGAAGAUGCACCCAGGGGCCGAGGCAGGACCCCUGUUUCCACCACAACCAGCGACACCGCUAGCACGAUCCGACCACCGCCUACGGCUCGGUCUGCGGCUCCCACCGCUUCAGAAAUGUCGGCAGAGGAGCAUCUCGCAAAGGGCAUAGAAUGCCAUGAGAACGGAUCCCUGAAGGAGUCGACAUAUCACCUUCGAUACGCGGCCCGACUGAACGAUCCUACCGCCAUGCUCCUGUAUGCGCUUGCCUGUCGUCACGGAUGGGGCAUGCGGGCGAACCAGAAGGAAGGCGUUGAAUGGCUCAGGAAGGCGGCCGAAUAUGCCAGUGUCGAGAUUGCGGAUGACGAGGAUCAAGUCAAGGAGGGCAAGCAUGUCGAUGUUGUUGAGAGGAGAACUCGAAAGGCGCAAUUCGCUCUCAGCAUUUACGAACUUGGUGUUAGUCAUAUGAACGGAUGGGGCAUCGAGCAGGAUAAGUCUCUGGCGCUGAGGUGCUUUGAGAUCGCUGGCAACUGGGGCGAUGUCGAUGCACUGGCUGAGGCUGGCUUCUGCUAUGCACAGGGCAUAGGUUGUAAGAAGAACCUCAAGAAGAGUGCCAAGUUCUAUCGUAUGGCUGAAGCCAAGGGUAUGAGCAUGGUUGGAAACAGCUGGAUUCACAAAGCCAAGUAUGAUGAUGACGAAGACUCAAGCGCACCCAAGAAGGACAAGAAGAAGGCUCGGAGUAAAUCUCGAACCCGAACCAUGUUUGGACGGAAGUGA